AUGUCCACCGAGCACCUCCUCGGUGACAUCAGUGUCAUCCUCGAUGCUCUCAUCGGCGUCGACAACGCCCAGCGGCAAGAAGCCGAGAAGAAACUCGACCAACUCAUCAAGUCGAAUGCAGGCGGCGUCCUCCUCCUCCUCGCCCAGGUCGGCGCCCAGGGCGUCGGCGGCUUCCAGCUCGACCAACGUCUACUGGCUCUGAUCUUGCUACGAAGAGUGUCGUUCAAGUAUAACCCGAAUCCGUUCGAUCAGCUUCCAGAAACAACACGGACGCGAAUCGAGACAGUCCUCAUCGCCGGUCUGCGUGAUGAGAUGGACCCGAGGCUCCGGAAGGGUCUUGGAGUCUGCGUCGCUGAAUGGAUCAAGGCGAGCCAAAGGAGGAACCGGCCUUUCACCGAGCUGCAGAACCUUCUGCUCGAGCUCGCGGUCUCACAGCACCCGUUCCACCGCUACACUCCGUUUCAGCUUCUCGACCUUGUCCCCAACCUGCUCUCAAGUGGCACAAAUGAUGGAACGGGACCUCGCGUGGCCGAGCUGCUCCUCGGUGGAAUCCAGGAUCCCAGUGUUGAUGUGAAGGUAGAGGCUCUGAAGGCGACAAGAGCCGUGCUGGACUAUGGGCUCAGCACGAACGAGAGGGAGGCCUUCGGUCCGGGCCUGGUCUCCAAUGCCUUCGAGCCGCUGAUCGACGUUGCCUCGAACUACCCCGAGUUGUUCCAGCCGACGCUUCCGACAGCUCUUCCCUUCCUCCUGACGUGCAUCUCGCCGUCGAACACGGCAGAGGGAAGCCAAUUCAACUUCAGCCGGUAUCACGCGCAGAAGCAGAUGGACUUUGAGGUGUGGGAGGGCGUCGCGAACAUGGCGUACGAGAUUCUGAACAGUCUGAUCGUUUCGAACCCGAUCGAAGCGACGACGUGGGAGAACGGCUACCUGACGUUCGAGAUUGUCAACUCGCUCAUUUCGCGGCAGAUCGCGAGCUUUGCGCACGACGACUGCACGGAGUGGGUCGAGGAGCAGAACCUCGACGACGAGGACGAGACGUACCCCGCGUACAGCGAGGAGAUGCUCGACCGCAUCGCGCAGAUUCUCCAGGACUCGCUGCCGCUAAAGGCUGUUGUUGACCAGGCGAGCAUCCUUCUGAAGCAGGACGAUUGGAGAGCCAAGUACUGCUCUUUGACCGCUAUCGGUACUGUCGCAGCGGGAACAGCAGAGUACAUGAAGAGGGACGUCCGGGGCAUCUUAGAACUCAUCUCACCAGCUGUAAUGGAUCAGCAUGCGCGAGUGCGGUAUGGCUUCCUCUUCGCCAUUUCGCAGCUGUGCACGCAUCUGGAGGGAGUGAUGCAGAACGAGUACUCUGACGCAGUGCUGGACGUCGCUCUGCGAUUACUUGAGGACCCGGUAGCACGAGUACGAGAGGCGGCGGCCGCGCUACUCAUCCACUUCUACGACUACAACGAUGCCCCUGUCUAUGAGAACCGGUUGGAACAAAUCCUGACGGCCCUCAUGAACGCCUUCAUCCAACCGGGACCGAACUACAUCAAGGAGCAGAUUUUGUCGGCGAUCGGCUCGAUUGCGACGCACUCUGGCCCGGCGUUCGUCCCGUACUACCGCAAGAUAAUGGAUAUGAACCUGCGGAUUCUCACCGCUCCGCCAGAGAAGACAGCGGGCGAGCUGCAAAAGCGCCUCGUCGGACGGAGUAUGCGCUGCGCGAGUCUCAUUGUCGGCAAGGAGCACUCGUACAAGGACACGGCAGCCUUGUGCCAAGCCUUCCUCACGAUCCAGAACUCUAUCACGACGCCAGACGACAGCCGACGGCCAUACCUCGGUGACGCGUGGCUCGGCCUGGCGCGGACGAUCGGGCAAGACUUUGCGCCGUUCCUGCAGUUUGUGAUUCCGCCACUGCUGCACGCGGCGUCGUACGUUCCCCCGCCGCCGCCAGAGGACGACGACGACGCGGACGCGUUCUACUACCACCAGAGUGCGGAGAUGGUCGAGAAGGAGGAGUCGUUCAACGUACUCGCGUCGUACGUGCACGAGAUGCGCGCCGCGUUCGCGCCCUACCUCUCGGACACGAUGGCGAUCACGUUAAACGCGCUGGACAGCACCAUGUCGGAGGGCGACGCGCACGCCUACGUCUCGAACCAGUCCAGCCUCGAGCAGCUGUUCGCGAUCCUGAUCCAGUCGAUCAUGCACGUCGAUGCCUCCUCGGCGGGGCAGAUCUACCAGUCCAUCGGGGACAGUAUCCGAGUGCUGAACGGGCCGAUCCCAGAGGUGAACCUGAAGCAGCUGAUCCAGACGACGCACGCGUGGCUCGAGGCGCUCCUCCAGAAACGCCAGGACCGCAUCCGGGACUACCAGGGCGGCAAGAUGAACGACUUUGGGUGGAUCGAGAUUGAGAAGUUUGAGGAGGACAUGGAGAACCAGAGCCUCCAUAUCAUGGAUAACUGCUUUGGGCGCAUUGUCAAGCUCGAUGGCCUUGCGCUGGGAGAGAUCGGACAGGUCGUGCCCCUCGCCAACAAGGUCAAGGAGACGCUGUGCUACUUCAACUAG